AUGCUUCACCUGAGGGUUCACCUGAACCGCGUAAACAUUCAACGAACAUUGAACGUCUCCAUACGUCGCGUUUCGACGCUGUCAGCUCGACUCAUGUUUCACCGACAAGUCAACUUAGUGUUGGACUUUGACGGAACCAUCACUACCAAGGACACGAUCGGGACCAUCGCUGAGGUCGGUCUUCACUUCCAGCGACAGCGCGGCUUGGAUCUGUCGGCAGCAUGGCGGCAGAUUCUUGAGGACUACAACCAAGAUCACGUCGACCACGUUUCGGCCUACAAACCUGCGGCAGACGGUCGGCUUACCCUCUCGGAAGAGCUCAGCUACCUGCGUGGUCUCAGAGAAGUCGAGCUACGCUCAGUGCACCGCGUUGAACGGUCCGGCAUUUUCAAGAACAUCAGCAGGGGGGAACUCAUGAAAUCCGGAGAUGCUGCUCGUCAGGAAGGGCGGGUAAAGCUUCGGGACGGUUUCGCGAAGCUAAUGGACACUGCCAAGCAGAACCAUUGGCCUGUCUCGGUGGUCUCGAUCAACUGGUCGAGAUCCUUCAUCAAGGGCGUGCUGUCUGCGUAUGAAUUUGACGUGGUCGCCAACGAUAUUGAAAUAGACGGUUCGAUCUCCGGUCCGGAAGUCCUCGGUCCAUCGGGGCGGGAAACUAUCUUGACGACCUGUGAUGACAAGCUGCGGGCUUUGCGGGCGCUGGCAGCUCGUCAGGGAGUUGACAAUGCCAAGGGGCUCGUUUAUUUUGGCGACUCGACAUCUGAUCUGGAAUGCCUAUUGGAGACGCGCGGGGUUGUGGUGACUUCGACGCCAGACUCUGGUUUGAUGACGACUCUAACGAGGCUGGGAUACGACGUUCCCCGGGUUCAGGAUUGUCGCGAGGUGGACAAGAUCGUUUGGACUUCGGCAUUCCAUGACGUAUUGCAAAGUGGGUUCCUCUCAGCAAGUUGA